UUCCCCUGAAAAAUUCGGCGUCUCCCUCUCUCGCGCGGGCUCGCUCGCCUCCUCCCCGUUCCGUCCACGCGCCCGCGCCGUCGCAUCCUCGCUGGAUCCUUCGGCGGCCUGCCGCCGGCGGUAGGGUUCCUUCCGCGGGGCUCGUCUCCUGUUCCGCUCCGGGCCUGUCCGUGGCCUCCGCGUCUUCCUCUGCGGAGCCCGACGCCCCGCCUGGGUCUCGUCGGGCGGAGCUAGGGUUUCGCCGCUUUGGGCUCAGGACGGCGAGAUCUAGGGUUUCUAUCUCAGGAGAAGCGUUUGACUUUUUCAAGAGGAAAAUUGGAUUGGAUAGCUGCUGCCUAGUAUUGGAAAACAAUGAAAGCUCAUAAGCAGCAAUUAGCACCUGGCACAGGAGCAAAUACCAAAUCUUGUUGCAAUAAAUUGCCAAGCCUGAAAGUUGGUGCUCAUAUCAACAAAUCACCAGGCAAUAUUGCUGCGAAACGCAGAAAGGGAGCUGGUUUUUCACCUAAGUCAUAUACUGAAAGCAUGAUAGCAUCAAAGACUGGCGGUCUUAUGGAAUCACCACACAAUGAUUCUAUGAAGUUUUCUGCUCGGCCACCUAAUCAUUCUGGAAAGAUGAAGCUUCAACUUUUCCCAAUAGAUGAGACCAUUCAAAAGAUCAUGCAGCAAGAAAAACACAACCCUUAUCUGGAAUUGAUUUUGGCUCCUCGAAAGAAGAUAUCCUCAGUUGUACAGCAUCUGAACACAAAGUGGGGUAGUUCUCUGUGUGCAAAAGGCGAGCUCAUGCUCUUCCCCAAUGAUGCUAGAGUGGAUAUGAUAGCUAACAGUGCAAAAUGGACUCUUAAGGAUUCUUGCACGGCUGCUGAUGUGCAUGUUGCGGUUGGCAGCCCUUCAACAUUCCGUUUGAGGUAUGGUUGGUUUGGGCCCAAUUUGAAGCAACAAUGGAGUGGACCAUCUUUGUCAUCAGUGCAGUCUGCAGACAACACUAUUGGCAUCAAGCCUCCAGAUCUUGUUUUCAGUGAACAGAAACAUAUGGCUGGUUCGGGUGAAUUUCCUAGUAACUUUGUGACACCAUCCAUUGUGGAUAACACAAUUGCAGUACAACCAGUGGAUAAUCAAAGCAAAGUGGCACCACUUUCAUGGCUUGACUCCAUAUCCAAUAUAAGCUUUGGUGCGCUGUUAUCUGAAGCUGCACCUUCUCAAGACAGCAAGCAAUUGCCUUCUCAAAAUAACUUGAGUUUCCAGCAGAUCCCUGCUACAUGUGAUUCAUUUGAUGCUGCUAUCGCUUCUCUGAUUGCUCGUCAGCAAGCAAGUAACCAGCCAAAGGUGUCAAAUCCAUCUCUUUGGGAAGCUGAAGAAACUUGUCAUGCAUUUGCCUUCCAGAAUCAAGCUUCGAGAAGAACAUCAAGUUCAGUUCCUGGCAACAGCGGUUCUGCUUCUGUCUUGGGUGCAAUUCCAGAAGCUGGCACAGAUGAUGAUCAGCAAUGCUCUACUAAAGGUAAAGAAAGGAAAGCAACCACUGAACCAUCAGUAUUGGGCAGUGAUCGUAAUGCAAAUCCAGAGAUCUCAAUGCAUGAGUCCACUGGUGACCCAGAGCAUGGAUCAUCUUUCUCUGGAUCCUUCAGUGGAACUGACAGUUUAGGGCUCAGCGGUUUACUUGCAAACAGCCUGGAUGCAUUCCAGAAUUUCUCUGUUUCUUAAAUCUCACAUCCAUGAGGAUGUAGGGGCUAUACAGUACAGCCUAGGUGAAGGUAUAGGUUCACUAGGUUUCUGUUUAAUUGAGAGAACUAAUCAUUUUGGUUUUGCUGAAGCCACUUCUGUAGAUAAAUUACCCAUCUUAAUCAUGUAAACAUUUUACUUAUUUCUACUUUGCUACUUGGGAAAAUAAUAUAUAUUUUGAAGAUGUCGAUAA